ACUCCAUAUGUGACAUUUGCAACAAAACAACAAAGGAUGGUCGAGGAAACAAGUGGUUCUACACAAAACAAGACAAAGGCGAAAACAACUCGACCUAAAGCUGUACACGCCUGGACUGUUGGUGAUGUUUUAAAAUGGUAUCGACGACAUUGUGCAGAUAUAUCGCAAACAUCGUACGAACAGCUCUUUGCUAAGCACGACAUAACUGGACGCGCGCUAUUGCGCAUAACAGACAUAACACUACAGCGCAUGGGCAUUACUAACAAUUGCGAUCGGGAAGCAAUAUGGCGUGAGAUAGUGAAACAACGCCUGAAAACAGACAUAUUGGAAAUUCGUGAUAUGGAGCGGGUCAAUAUGCACUACCAGCAAGCUACGCACACCAGCAACAAAAACACUAAUCUGAGAGGAAAUCCCAGCUGCACCCAACGACAAAUCCCUUAAUAAUAUGUUUUAUGUUAUGAAUUAACUAAUUAGGACUGUUAUCUUUACCCGUUUUCGAAACGUAAGCCACUCAUAAAAUGCACAUUUUUCCAUAAUUUCAUCUUUGCAAAAAUUUAAAAAAAAUAUAUCAAACUUUAAAAAUGUCUAAAAACAUGAAACAAUAAAACUAAAUACAUAUAUUUAACCAAUAA